CCAGCAUUCCUGACUGUUUUCUGCAAGAAGAAGGAGUCGUCUUGUCGGUUCUUCCAUCGAUUUGAAUUCAGGAAAAUUUUGCUGCCCUAACUAAGUUUUUUAGUUUGUAAGUAUUGGUUGAUUUUUAAUUGCUCAAGGCUUAUGAAAUCUUUGGGAACCGUAUACAAGUAAUCGUAUGACACUUCUUGUGUUACAUGUAUUUUAUUACGCCGCCGUGCAAUGAAAGGAGAAUGUGCUCGCUGUCUGUUCCUUAAACCACCUAGAAUUGUGUGGAAUAUGAUCUAUGAUGUGCAAAAUUUAAUUUUAUAAGUUGACAACUCAGACUUUUUCUCUCAGACUUCGAAAUGUGAAGUUGCUGUAUAUCGCCUUACACUUAACUAUUUAAACUCGACCCGGAAGUGAAGGUUAUAAAGGUUCCAAUUUGCUUCCCGAGCUUUCCCCAGCACAGUCUGUGUAGUUUCCCUUACAUAAUACUGUAAAGAAGGCGAUCACAGUCACACUGAAAUCAGUGCAGCUUGUUGAGGGGGUGAAAAGAUGUGCUCUGGGCAGUAUGGAUAUAAUUUCUGGAACAACACUUUGCCACAAACUAUUACCUGCAGUUCUUCAAUGAACUCUCUGAUUUCCAAACCCCAGUCUGCUCAAAGCAAUACCUUCUCAUACAGCCCAUAUAAAGUAUUACCAUAUUCCCUUCCCUUCCGCAGGCAGAUAUUACAACUGUAUGUUCAUAUUUAUAUCUUGCUGUCUCUACUCACUGGUACAUUACAUCUGUAGUUGUCCAAAGUUUCACAGCAGAUUUAGCAACAUGAAACUGUAUGUGUUUCUUUGAUUUUUAAGUUUGCCCUUUUCUUUCCUGCUUACCCAAAGCUGGUUUGAAUUAUUUUGAAAUGUUGUUAUUUAUCUGAUUAUUUAUUACUCAGGUAUUGUCAAACAGGAUGACCUGAUUUGCAUGGAAAAGGAAAUUUUGGCAUGGCUUUGUCCUCAUCUGGGUGAGUAUAAUAUGACAUGUCACACAUUAAUAUACAGUUAUACCUGCUAACUCUCAUGCAUUAUGCAUGUGUCUCACACCUGUGGACUAAAGACAUUGAUCUCUACAGUGGCCCAAAAGUGUCAUGACAAUUUCAAUUUACUCAUGGCAAUUUCAAAUUGUUCACGGCAAUUUCAAUUUACUUCAGCAGCCCACAGUGACCACCAAAAGUCAAAAUGCAAAAUUAAAAGUUGAUAUUUAAAGUCAAUCUUCAAAGUGAAAAGUGAAAAUCAAAAAUCAAUAGUUGCUUUACGAACUAGGGGGUAUUUACAUGAGACUGGGACAAACUCAGACCGGUUUGAGUUUGUAUCAGGCUCCAUACAUUUCUUUUUAUGCAUUUAGAUUGGGCUGCCCUAAAAAUGAACUCAGACCGGUCUGACUUCAUCUCUUUCACUGACCCGACAAGAGUUAUUUUCGUACCGGUCCGAGAAUGUACCGUUCUCAUGUAAAACGGAAACGAAUCUCAUCCAUAAAUAGCAUGUUUCUUCAUAUAUAUGGCUCCAUCAUUUUUGCUCUUUUUUAGCAAAAUAUAAAGAACACUGCUAUGAAUAACUGUAAACAAGACUUGGAAGUAGCUUCAAUUGAAUAUAUGCUUCGGUUAAUGUGAGGGAUUUCACCAUUUUUAGAAGCUGACUGUGCAUUUAACAUGCCACCAGAUGAGUGUUUACAAUUUUCUGGGAGCAGUAAUAUCUACGAUCUUAAUUAGCGUAAAUUGUGUACCAGUUAGGACAGUUAGUGAAUAAUAUGUUAAAUAAUCGACUUAAGAAAGUUAUAUAGCUACAAGAAUCUCCUGUUUUUGAGUUUGUACCGGUCUCGUGUAAUCAACGAAGUGUUUCGUCCCGGUCUCAUGUAAACGACUGCAAAAAUUACAAAUUCGUGGCGGCCUGAGUUCGUCCCAGUCUCAUGCUGGUCUGAGACCAUACCAUUCUCAUGUAAAACAAAAAAUGAACCUCAGACUGGGUCCAUAAAUAGCAUGUUCCUUCGUAUGGCUCCACCAUUUUUGCUCUUUCUUGGCAAAAAUAGGAAGACUGCUACCAAUAACAUCAGUAAACAAGACUUUAGCUUCAAUGCUUAGAUUAAUUAAUGUGAGGGAUUGCACCAUUUUGAGAUGCUGUGCAGUAAAUAAAAUUGUUAGAUGAAGCUUAUAAUUUUCUGGGAGCAGUAAAGAAGAUCGACUUUAAAUAUUGACUUUCGAUUUUGUGUUUUAAUUGAUGUUUGGUAGCUACUGUCGGCCGCCAUAGUUGACAGGUAGUGAGCGAAGCGAAAAAUGCUAAGCAUUGCCGUGAAAAAAAUGAAAUUGCUGUGAGCAAAUUGAAAUUGCGGUGAGCAAACUGAAAUUGCUGUUGCAAUUGCUGUGAGCAAAUUGAAAUUGCCUUUAGUAAAUUGAAAUUGCCGUGAACAAAUUGAAAUUGCUGUUGCAAUUGCCGUGAACAAAUGGAAAUUGCCUUGAACAAAUUUGCUGUGAGUAAAUUGAAAUUGCCGUGACACUUUUGGGCCACUGUAGAUCUCUGCACACAUCAAGGACAAUUUCUUAUGCCUGACUCACAUUAUCUGGAUAAAUUAAUGUUCUGUAACACAUGAUAAAUAAUGAAAAUGGGUGAGGACAAAACAUGGACCAGGGGUCCAUGGACCCCCAUCCUGGACCGGGUCCAUGGACCACUUUAAUGGACCGGGUCCAUGGACCCCCUGUCAUGGACCGGGUCCAUUGACAGUUUUUUUUAAAAUAAUGAGAAGUGAACAAAAACAGAAAUAGAGCAAAAAGAAGAUUAAAAACAACAACAAUAACAAACAAUACUCGAUCGAUCAGUAUUAUUCAAUGCACCCACUUUUACCUCAUGCCAAAAUGCUACUUGUUCUUAUGAAUUGUUUCCUCUGACGAGUGGAUUAUGCUUUGGUGGAAAACGUUUUGACUGAGCAAAUGUGAAUUUUUUACUGCUUACAGUGAAACCUGUAUUAAGCGGACACCCUUGGGGAAUGCUGUAGUGUUCGCUUAAUACAGGAUGUCCGCCUAAUACAGGUUUCAAUAGAUAACAUCAUAUGAGAUGUCAAAUGCCAUUCAAAUGAACAGUGGAAACACUCAGAAUACUCCCCGAGAGGCUAUGAUGAUAUAGGUUUGCAUUAAUUUCUUUAUCAAAGUGGACCAAUUGAUCAUAGUACCAUAUAAACACAGAUUGCAACUCAAAUUUGAAGAAUUCAGGUGAGCGAAACAAGCUCUAUACAAACAAAAUGAAAUAGAAAACAACACUGUAUUGUGAAACUAAUCAAGUCACGUUUUUUAAUGUAAAAAUCGAAAAAUUUGUGGGUGGCAAUUUGAGGCAAUCUUUUGCAUUUCCGGUGUCUAUCAUGUUGGGUGGUGGAAUUUAAUUAUUAUUGUCUGUUUAAUACAGGUUGGCAACAACUUGAAAUGACCAUUUCAGGUACUUUUUAGGUGUCCGCGUCCGGUAAAUAGAGGUGUCCGCUUAAUAAAGGUUUCAGUGUAUUUCAUGCUGAGAGGUCAAUGUUUGGUCACGCUUUGCCCAGCUUGUUAGCGUUUUUAGCAGGAUGAUUAAUUCUCAUGGAUAGUAAUUUACAGAUCUAAAUAUUGAAGAAGUGGAUUGAAGCUUAAACUGAAUUUAGCUACAUCAACUAUGGACAAUUGCGAUGUGACUCAGUCACAAUUGCUCUGAAAGCAAUGAAUUCUAAACUUCAUCUUGUUCAUAAUGCAAGUCUUUGUACGGGAGCGCAUUGGCUUAACAGUCUCCUUCUUCGUUCGACUGUACAUGUGCAAGCAGAGUACGUAAGCACAACUAAAUAUUUGUGAACAGCAUCUUGUCAAAUCUUAUUUUUGCUCUAUUUCUGUUUUUGUUCAAUUCUCAUUAAUUAAGAAAAAGUGUCCAUGGACCCGGUCCAUGAAAGGGGGUCCAUGGACCCGGUCCAUGAAAGUAGUCCAUGGACCCGGUCCAAAGUGGGGGUCCAUGUUUUGUCCAUGUUUUGUCCUCGCCCAAUGAAAAUUCAAUCCAAAAAGGUGUUAAAUGAUGUAUCCUUUUUUGUGUUCUAAAGAAAUCAAAGCACGAAAGAUUGUUGUUGUCUUGUAAAGCAGUUUCGGAUGUGCUCAAACGUCUUCAGAACAUCUGCGGACAUUUUCGGCAAUGUUUUGAAGUCUUCAGAAAGUCUUCGGAAGUCACCGGGAUGUUUCCGCAAAUUCCGGUCAUGUCAAGGUAAAAAUCUCAUGCAUGUCAUGUCAAGUUGGCAGGUAUACGCAGUCUGUAUACCAGGUGGAGCCCACCAGUCUGGAUAUCCGACAGUAUUCAAUCAUUGGCAAACUUUAAGAUGUUUUGAAUAUGUCUGAACAUUGCUAAAAUUGUUCCGGAGGCUUCUGAACAAUAGAUUUUUGGUUGCUGUGGACAUCUUGAGCGUUGUCAAAGAUGGACAUAUGUUACCAUUAAUAAACAGCAAAUAAUGGUGUACCCAUUAGUGUGCCAAUAAGCAAACAACCCUGUUCUUUUAGUCAGGUAUUCAUGAACAUUGUUUUCAACCCCAAAGGGUGAUGAAAGUGUCAGAUACAUCAGUAGGAGUAGUUGGCUACUAAUUCCCCCUACAAUUCAAGACGUUUUUAAAGAGAUAUAUUAAUUUUAUCAUUAUGGAAAGUUAAGCAAUACUUACAAGUUAGUUUCUAAACUGACGACAUAAAAACAAAAUUAAUGCAAUGAAACCAUCAACUUAACAAAAAUAUAAAUUAUACAUGACUGUAAACUUUGCUUUUUCACAAUUAUAUUUUUGUACACACUGUUGGCUUUACCAUUUAUUUUCCAUUUUUAAUCUUUUAGAUCCACUCAUCUUGUUGCAUCUGACAACCAGAAAAGAUGGCUUGUGGUGGGAAUAGCACUCAACAAGAUACUUGUGCCACAGAUCCGUCCUUUUGUGGAACAAGAGGUUGAUAAGGAAUACAACAAUCUCAAGAUAAGCCACAAUAUUCAUACACAAAGUACAUCUGGUC